AUGACUCAUAUGCGCCCACCGGUUUGGCGCCAACUAAGCCGGAUUACACAUGGGCAAUCGUUCACAUUUUCAUUCUCUCCAUUUAUUCGCGUUUUCUUUCUCUACAUGCUACCCUUUGUGCGCCGGCCCAAUCAAUACACCAAGCGCUCCUCGAUCUAUGUAAAAGAUUUUGCUAACUCCCGCAAAAACGUAGGGGAGAUUUUCAACUUUUCGGCUAGUUCAGAAUCCGGUCCCACCUUGAGGCCCUUGGUGCAAAAACAAGACGGAGGCCCACAGCCCAAAGCUCCAAAUAUUGGCGAACGUUCCUUUGAGCACGUCAGCGCAGUCUGUCGUUAA